AUGGAACCGUCGAAGAAACGGAAACGCGACCCAAAGGCCGAUGAUUCGAAUGCGGAACUGAGGAGCAGAACCAAAGUCAGAGUAAUGUCCCCCGAGUCAAAGAACGAUGCAGGCCCCAGCAAAGCCGCCGACCCUCGUAAAGUUGACUCGAAACCGAAAGUUCAGAGACGCAAACUCGUGCCGCCGCGACCGUUUCCGACGGUAGCUAGAGGAGACUCCGCGGCGGGACCUCGGUCUGCGCAUAAGGAGGGGAAGAACAAGAUAUGUAUAACGCGCAAGACGCCUUUGGGCGCGUACAUGAGGAGGUGCAAGGAUAUCAUUCUCAAAGAUGGGUACAAGUCACUGCAUCUCUCAGCAAUGGGUGCUGCGAUACCCCAUCUCUUACGUCUGUCUUGCGCGCUACCGUCAAUACUACCACACGCCAAGGAGGAAAUUCACACCACGAUCACAACGGGCACGGUCGAGGUACAAGAUGAAAUCACGCCAGAAGACGAGGACGAAGAUAUCUCCUACGAGACUCGGUCAAAGUCAAAUCUAUUGAUAGUUAUCACAAUAGGUGAUGGAGAAAACGAACAUACCUCUGUACCCGCUAAGAACGCGGGAAAGCGUGCCAAUAACCACAGCAAGAAGGCCAAGUCCUCAAAGCAGAAGCAGCCAGUUCAGCUCGUUUUCCAAGAGCCGGAGCAGUGA